ACUCGCAGCACCAGCGGAACCGACCAAGCCCAGCGAGCCGGCGUCGCGGCGAGCUUGGCCUUCAGUCAGACUCUGAGCGUCGUAUAGUAAGGGUGUAUCGCUUUGGCCUCCGUCACUCCCGCCACGUGGUUCGUGUCCUCCACACCAACACGCCUCUGCUGGUGUCUGGCAGAUGUUAGUGUGCCUCUUGCUUCUCUUUGCACCCUUUUAUCAGACUCAGAGUGCAUAGUGACACGCUGACCAUCACUUUCUUCUGCCUGUGAAGCUAAACAGGUUAAUUUUCAAAGCUUAACUCACUUUACUCGGUAUUCCCUGCCAACUUUGACUUCACUUCUGUCGUGGAACGUCAGCCAGAGGAAAAGGCCGGGAAGCUACUGUGAUAAACAUAAUAGAUAAACUAUUGUGAUAACUUUAAUAAAUGAAUACCGUGACUGAAGAUAGUGCAGAACGACAGGACUUUCAAGUGUAAGGGAGAGGAAAUACUCUAUUAAAGCGCUGUGUAAUUUAAUUAGAGGAAACUGACUUUAAAGGAAACUAAUUCAUCUACGACCAUCUGAGUCACAACAGAUGGGAAAGUAAUUUAAACACCAGUGGGAGGGAAAAAAAUGUAACGUUCCCUCUGUACCGGCAACUAACAGAAGUGAACUAAAAGGAACACACUUGGAGACAUCAAGGAGGGGCAGAAAAGAGAAAAAAGAAGGAGAGGGAAAGUGGGAAAGCGAGUGCAGCAUCAACAGAAAUGAAAGAGAAACGGUGAAGAGCCCAAGAGGAGAGAAGCGACGACAGUAGUAGGAUGGCGGGAGGAAUGAAGGUGCUGCUCCUGCUGGUGACGUGGAUGGUGGUGAACGGCGUCUUCUGUGAGCUUCGUGAGGGGCAACCCAACGUGUGCAGGUACGAGAGGGCGGAGCAGGUGUCGGUGCGGGUGCCGUCUGUGCGUGCCUUCACCGCCUCCGUCAGAGUGUACAGGCCGGGAUGCUACACCGACAAGCCAGCCUGCAUCAAGUAUGAGAAGAGGACGCUGUACCGCACGGUGUACCGGGACCAGCAGGAGGAGAGGACCCACGCCCUGGCCGCCUGCUGCCCCGGCUGGUCGAGGAGCGGCGGGAACGACAGCGAUGUAGGAGAGACAGAGCAGCGACGACCGGAGCAUCAGGAGGAACACGGAGGCGGAGGAGGGACUGACGGCUGCCAAUACAGGAGUCCAGACCUCCCUGAAGACGGUGGGCGGGAUAUUAUUCACGAGGGGAAGGUGUUUCGCUUGGUCCAUCCCGCCCAAGGGAGAGAAAACGUGUCUGGUGCCCUUCGUCGGCUGGCUGGCGCGGCAAACAGUUCUAGUAUGGCGGGAACCCAACGAGACGCGACUACCGGCACUCGCGCCCUCAAGGAGCCCCGCGGCGCCCACCCGGGGAAGGAGACGGAGCUGGCAGGAGGCCUCGUGUCGCCUGUUUUUCUUGAUCACUUUCCGACGACGAGGGACGCGACCAAGGCAUCCACUGUGGCCACGCAGACAACGAGGAGACUCACGCACCAGCAAGGCCCCGAGCGGCACAGCAGGCAGCACAGCAGGAGGCACUAUCACGACGGUGCCAGAAGGUCCAGCGACAGACGCCACCAUCGUCACCACCAGCACCACCGCCGCCACAAUGACCGCUCGCUCACCAGCCGAGACGAGGGCGUGCACGUGGAGACCGUCUAUGAGAACGGCAGCAACAGCAACCGGUACCGCUACAGCAGCAGCGGCGACAAUGGGACGGAAUACGACGCCUACAGCUACACCAUCAUCCUGGUGAACGCAACAGGAAAGAGCAACGAGCAAAAAGCUGCUGCUGGACGGGAUCAGCAGCCUGGGGAGGCGGUGACGCAGGUGCCGCGCCCCGAGGAGGCUGAGGAGGACGCCUUCCGCGGCAGUUCGUACGCUGCGUGUGGCCGCGUCUUCUGCUACAACGGAGGGCGAUGCGUCUACAACCGCUGCAUCUGUCCCCGAGGGUUUUACGGCUCCCGCUGCCAGUACGACCGCGACGAGUGCCAGGUGAACAACGGCGGGUGUGAGCACUCCUGCAAGAACACCGUCGGCUACUUCAUGUGCUGCUGCAGCCCCGGGUACAGACUCAGGCACGACGGUAAAUCAUGUCAAGAUGUGAACGAGUGCGAGUUACAUAACGGCGGGUGUUCCCACGAGUGCGCCAACACGGUGGGGUCUUACCGCUGCCUCUGUGGGCCCGGCAGUCGCCUGUUGCCCGACGGACGGACUUGCGUUGGUGGAGCUUCGUGUGCCGAGAGGAAUGGUGGCUGCGACCAUUACUGCGAUGACGCAAGGGGCUGGGUGCAGUGCUCCUGUCGCUCUGGGUACAGACUCGAGCGGGAUGGUAAAUGGUGUGAGCCUCUUGACCCGUGUCUGGUGGACAACGGCGGAUGCCAACAAACCUGCUUGGCGGAGCAAGGCCAUGUCCACUGCAGCUGCAGAAAGGGCUUCACUUUAGGCAACGACCUUGUUUCAUGUGUUGACCUUGACGAGUGUGCAAUCCCUGACACAUGCAGCCACCAGUGCCGCAACACAUGGGGCUCCUACGAGUGCGUCUGUAACACGGGUUAUCAACUUGGCACUGACAACAAAUCUUGCUUCA